UCCACAUGAUCUUAUUUUCUGUUUAUACCGGACUCCGGAAAUAUUUUCUCUAAUAGCGAUAACAGAAGAGUAAAGUAGAGGAGUUGGUAUGGAGAAAUUGGUUUAGUGAUUCAGAAACGUGUGCGGUUCCUGAGCCAAGGUGCUGAAUGUCAGAGAGACCAUGCAGCCUCUGCGAGAUGCCGAGCUCGGGGCUUUCACCUUCUUUGCCUCUCCUCUUCCUCAUGAUGUGUGUGGCAGCAACGGUCUCCCCCUGACCCCAAACUCCAUCAAGAUCCUGGGUCGCUUCCAGAUCCUUAAAACCAUCACGCACCCCAGGCUGUGUCAGUACAUCGACAUCUCUCGAGGAAAACAUGAAAGACUUGUUGUUGUAGCUGAACACUAUGAACGCAGCCUCACGGACCUUCUCAAACAAGACAAACCCAUCAGUUCAGAGCAGGUGCUGCAGAUUGCCUAUGAAGUGUUGGAGGGACUGGCAUUUAUUAACAGACACGGCCUGGUUCAUCGAGCCCUCAGCCCUCAUAAUGUGCUCCUGGACUGUGAGGGUAAAGUAAAACUGGCCAAGUUUGGUUUUUAUUACAUGACGGAUCAUGGAGCAGAUGUGGACUUCCCUAUCGGGUAUCCAUCUUACCUCGCUCCUGAGGUUAUCGCCCAGGGCAUGUUCCAAUCCACUGAUCCCUCACUCAGUGAGAUCCCUCUACCCUCGGGCCCCAAGACUGACGUGUGGUCUCUGGGGAUGCUCCUGUUUGAGCUCUGUGCUGGAAGGCAGGUUUUACAGAACAUUGAAAUUAGCGAGAGAUUAAAGUUCAUCAUCACUUUAGGCUGCAUGGAUGACAUAGUGACGGUGCUUGCUGAGGAGCACGGAUGCCUGGACGUCAUUAAGGAGCUUCCUGACAAUGUGCUGCUGUUAUUGAGGAAAUGCCUGACUUUUCUGCCUUCGAAACGAGCGACUCCAGCUGAGCUCCUGGAAGAUGCCGUGUUUGAGAGAAUUUCCUGCCUCUACACUCGAUAUGCCAGUCCCGUUAAUCUGUUCUCCUCCUCACUGCGCUGUGUUCACCUUCAGCUGCCUGAGGACAUCAACGAACUCUGCAAAGUGGAUGAAGAGGACUACCUGACUGAGAGAUCUGUGGAUGAAGUGUAUCACCUGUGGUGUUUGGCAGGAGGAGAUUUAGAGAAGGAGCUCACAAACAAAGGCAUCAUCCAGUCCAAACCUCCAGUCUGCACCCUGCCCAAUUUUAUUGUAGAAGAUGGAGAGACAUUUGGCCAGGGCAGAGACCGAAGUUUCCUGCUGGAUGACACCACUGUGACACUCUCGCUGGGUCAGCUCAAAAAUAGGCUGAAGGAUGUAGCAGGAGAGGCGUAUUACCCACUGCUGGAGGACGAACAGACCUGUCUGCCUCAGUCCAUCAGCAGUAACGAGCUCUCAGCCGCCGUCAGCCUUCCUCUCAUUAUCCGAGAGAGAGACACCGAGUACCAGCUUACACGCAUCGUCCUGUUCGACAGACUCCUCAAGGCGUAUCCAUACAAAAAGAACCAGGUGUGGAAGGAAGCCAGGGUGGAUAUUCCUCCUCUUCUCCGAGGACUGGCCUGGGCUGCUUUACUGGGAGUCGAGGGGGACAUCCAGGCAAAGUAUGAAUCCAUCGAUAAGGACACGCCCAUCCCCACAGACCGACAGAUCGAAGUGGACAUCCCACGCUGUCAUCAGUACGACGAGCUGCUCUCCUCGCCCCAGGGUCACAUCAAGUUCCGGAGAGUUCUGAAGGCCUGGGUUGUGUCACAUCCUGACCUCGUGUACUGGCAGGGUUUGGAUUCACUUUGUGCCCCGUUUCUGUACCUGAACUUCAACAACGAGGCACUCGCAUAUGCCUGCAUGUCCGCCUUCAUCCCCAAAUAUCUCUACAACUUCUUUCUGAAGGACAACUCGCACGUCAUACAGGAGUACCUGACUGUUUUCUCUCAGAUGAUAGCCUUCCACGACCCUGAACUCAGCAACCACCUCAACGAGAUCGGAUUCAUACCAGACCUGUAUGCGAUUCCAUGGUUCCUGACAAUGUUCACUCAUGUCUUUCCCCUGCAUAAGAUCUUCCACCUGUGGGACACGCUGCUGUUGGGCAACUCCUCGUUCCCGUUCUGUAUCGGAGUGGCCAUCCUGCAGCAAUUGCGCGAUCGGCUCCUGGCCAACGGCUUCAACGAGUGCAUCCUGCUCUUCUCUGACCUGCCCGAGAUUGAUAUUGAACGCUGUGUCCGUGAAUCCAUCAUCCUGUUCUGCUGGACUCCCAAGAGCGCCACAUAUCGGCAGCACGCCCAGCCAUCUAAACCCACCAGUGAUGGUAAUGGCUUUGUGAAGACUAUGGCCUUCUAUUCAUCAGAGUAUCAAGACCUACCAAACACAGACCUGACCCGUGAGCCCCUGAAACUCUCCGAGCUCAAGGCUGAAGUGUCUCCACGGAUCUCAGCUGAGGAUCUGAUCGAUCUGUGUGAGCUGACUGGCCCGGCUCACUUUAAAACUCCUGUAAAGAGACCCAAGGCGGUCAAAACCAAGAUCGUGGCAGUAGACAUCCGGAGCAGCGAGGACUUCAGCCGUGGUCACAUCCCAGGCAGCAUUAAUGUUCCGUACAGCUCGGUGUUCGGGCCGGACGGAGAGCUGCUGCAGUGCCCCAGUACCAGCACACUGGCCAGCUACAAGAGCCGAGUCGUCGUCAUCCUCAGCAACAUCACCAAGAACGCAGUCACGUUUGCGGCUCACUUGGUGAAGGUGAAUUUCCCUCGUGUGUGUGUCCUGGAUGGCGGCAUCAACAAGAUGAAGCCCACCGGCCUUUUAACUGUGCCGUCUCCACAGAUCUAAGCUCUCCUCUGUUUCUGUGUGUGUGUGUGUGAGUGUGUGCGUGCAUGCAUGCGUAUCAAUCAAAAAAAAAGCAUUUUUGGUACCAUGUCUUGAAUAUGGCAUGUGGAACAAAUCUUGGGUUUGAGCUAAAAUGUCGCUGUUGAUGUCUAAAUCGUCAUUAACUCGAAGGGCAUUUCACUGUAAAAAAUAAAUAAAUAAAAUGCUGUAAAUUUUCAGUAAUUUACUGGCCACCUGAGUUGCCUGUCAAGUGCUGUAAAAUGUACCGUAAACACCAGUCAAACAUGUUUACACUAAUGUACUGUAAUAUCUUACAUAGUAUAAAGUAACACACAAUCCAGUACAUUUUCUCAAUGCAGGGUUCAACCGAGCUGUAGAGUCUUGCUCUAGGACCAGAUUGGUGGUGCUGGGAUUUGAACACACAACCUUCUGAUUUGCAACUCAAACCUUUACCCACUGCGCCAUCACAACUAGCUCGCUUAACACACAGUCAGUACGUUUACAUGGACAACAAUAAUCCGAUAUUAACCCGAUUAAGACGAUACUCUGAUUACGAAACUAGCAUGUAAACAGCGAUUAUUGAUGACCUUAAUCCGAUUAAAGUCAUACUCGAAGUAAACACAAAUGGAAUUAAGAUGCGUGGAGUAUUCCUGUUUUAGUUGCAUUAUCGACGUGUAUUACAGACAUGUACACGCCUUAAUCACACUAUUAACGUCGUGUGGGAGUUUUCACCGCAUUGUGAGACAGGACACGUACACACACGGCAGCGCUCAACCGUUUAACGGCAAACAAGAGAGCACGGCUGCGUCCCAAACCGCGUACUUGCCUACUAUAUAGUAGGCGAAAUACAUGUAUUUCAGCUAUUACAUAGUAGGUAAGUACACGGUUUGGGACGCAGCCCACGGCUUCAAGCAGUCGUCUAUUUGCACGUAUAGCAUGACAAAUAAUUAACGGCACUUGAAGUGUUCGUAAAAUGAAAAAUAAAAGCACCCAAAACUGUAUACGGUACCAUAACGAAGACGAACUGUAUUGCGAUACGUGAAAUUCUGGAGGGAAUGUCGGAUGGCGUGGCGCGGUGACGUAAUGACGUGUGCUGUUAAUCGAACUAUUAUCUAUAACAUGUGAAACGGGUACAUGAAAGAAAUAUUCUAAAAGCAACUCAUGUAAACACCUUAAUCAGAAUAUUAUCUUAUUCAGAAUAAGAUUACUGCUGUCUGUGUAUACGUAGUCAGUUAUUCACCCACUUCUACUUCUAAAUGAGCUUCAUUAAAAAGUUGCAUUGAAUCAAUUUGAGCUAGUUGUAGUGGCUCAGAAGUUAAGGCUUUGAGUUGCAGUUCAGAAGCUUGUGCGUUGCUCAGUUAUAUCCUACAACAGCCAAGUGAGCUAAUGUACUGGAUUGUGUGUUACUUUAUACCCCAUGUAAGACAUGACAGUACUUUACUGUACAGUAAAUAUGUUUUACAGUUGUUUUCUGUACAUUUUACAGUCCAUUUUUACAUUACUGUAAAAUCUACAGUAAAUUGAUUACAGUGUUCAUCAUCUCGUCAUCUAACAUUUAUUGUAAUAAAGAAUGAAUUAAAACUUC